AUGUGGGGUGUGACCACCUAUUUCAUCUUUUCUGAGGUAAAUGAAAAUAGUUUUUAUACAAUGAGGAGACAUUUGGGGAUUUUCUGGAUAGCCGUCUUCUUUGCCCUGCUGUUUAGUGAUCUCUCCUUGGUCAAGGCCAAAACUACAAGACAGAGAAAUAAGUCAAACAGAAAAGGUCUGCAAACUAAUAGAACCAACCCAACUACAGUCCAGCCCUCAGAGAAACCCCAGGGGGCUUUCAUCAGGAACGGCAGAAAGCUCAUCAUUGACUUUGGGGAGGAGGGCAACAGCUACUAUGCGACCCAUUACCCCCUGUUCCCCGAUGAAAUCCAUUAUGCUGGGUGUGCUGAGUCCAAUGUAACAAGGGAGGUCUUCAUCGGCAACUGUGUGAACACUACCCGCAUCAUCAACAAGUUGGAGCCCCUGGAAGAACAAAACAUAAGUGAUAUUUACUCUAGGAUACUGGAACAAUUAAUAAAGGAAUUAUGUGCCCUUAACUACUGUGAAUUUAGGACAGAGAGAGGAACUGGCCUUCGUCUCUCUUUAGACCAAUAUGUUAUUGUCUACCUGGUGAUUCUGACUUGCUUGAUAGUGAAAUAA